CGAGGCAGCCAGAGGAGGGAGCGGGCCGGGGGCUCCCUGUUGCCCUGGUUACGCCGAGGCACGUGUGCAGUCCCGGAAGCGGCUCCGGGAAGCUGCCCAGCGCGCGCAGUCGGAGGAAGCGCAGCCCGGUCCGCUGGGUUCGGGUCCGGCUGGGCCAUGGAGCCGUUGCCUGAGCCCGCGCCCCGGCCCGGACCCCGCUGUCUUCUGCUUCUCUCCCUGCUACUGUUGCUGCUGCUGCUACUGCCGGCCCCGGAGCUGGGCCCGAGCCAGGCGCAAGCCGAGGAGACCGACUGGGUUCGACUCCCCAGCAAAUGCGAAGUGUGUAAAUACGUUGCCGUGGAGCUGAAAUCAGCUUUUGAGGAAACCGGCAAGACCAAGGAGGUGAUCGACACAGGCUAUGGCAUCCUGGAUCGGAAGGCUUCCGGAGUCAAAUACACCAAGUCCAUUUCAGAGCCCCCAGACCAGAUGACCUAUCUUCCUUCCAGCUCUGACUUCCCUUUGCCCCUCUCGUGCUGCUGUCUCUGCAGGGACUUACGGUUAAUCGAAGUCACUGAGACCAUUUGCAAGAGGCUCCUGGACUAUAGCCUGCACAAGGAGAGGACCGGCAGCAACCGGUUUGCCAAGGGCAUGUCUGAGACCUUUGAGACACUGCACAACCUGGUCCACAAAGGGGUCAAGGUGGUGAUGGAUAUCCCCUAUGAGCUGUGGAAUGAGACCUCUGCAGAGGUGGCUGACCUUAAGAAGCAGUGCGACGUGUUGGUGGAAGAGUUUGAGGAGGUGAUCGAGGACUGGUACAGGAACCACCAGGAGGAAGACCUGACUCAGUUCCUCUGCGCCAACCACGUGCUGAAGGGCAAGGACACCAGUUGCCUCGCAGAACAGUGGUCCGGCAAGAAGGGGGACACAGCCGCCCUGGGAGGGAAGAAGUCUAAAAAGAAGAGCGGCAAGGUCAAGGCCUCGGGCAGCGGCAGCAGACAGAGGAAGGAGCUAGGUGGCCUUGAAGAAGACCCCAGCCCCGAUGAGGAUGAGGGCAUCCAGAAGGCAUCCCCCCUUACACACAGCCCCCCAGAUGAGCUUUGAGCCUAACCCACUGCCCCCUGUAUCGUGACCCCUGACCUGGAAGCUGAAGAAUCUGGGGCACAGCUCUGGCAGGCAGAUGGCUGUCCCUCUCCAAGUCCUCCCUGCCGUGCCGGCUUCCUGCCGGGAAAGACACAGGGCCAGGGAAGAGCUCAGAUCAGCUGCUCAGGUCAGCCUACCGACCUCCUCCCUCUGCCAAGCGGCUGUCCUGACCCAGGCUUCAGGCAGGCCAUGCGAUUUCACGCCUGCCAAGGACUCCAGUAUGAACUCCGGAGGGGCAGGUGUGGAGAGGGCACCCAGCCUUCACCUCCCUCACUCCUUCCCAGCAGGGAAGCAAGACUACAGGCCUCCCCACCCCUGCUUAUCCCCUCCUGUGGACACCUUGCACUCUGCCCGGCCCUCCCCAGGGCUCACAGAGUAAAAACCUUUUGGCCUUU